CUGCCAGAGCCGCCUCGCCUCUAGCCCGGACCGUGUGAGGCCGGAGCGGCGGGGCCGGGCGCGCAGGUCCCGGGCCGGAGCCCCAUCCCCCGGGGGAGUUUCCUCUGCGGUGGCCCCCGCCUCCCGCGCCCCCGUUCCAGCGGGCGACCCCUGCUGUCCCCCCCGCCCCCCCGCCCCAGCCUCUCCCCCGCCUGUAAAGUCGCCGAUCCCUCCACGGACUUUGCAGAGGCCGCAACUUUCCUUUCCCGCCGCAGCCCGGCCGCCAGCCCCGCGUCCCGCCGCCCACCAUGAGCGAGGAGAGCCGCGGGGACCCGGAGCGGCAGCUCCGCCUGCGCGUGUGCGUGCUCCGCGAGCUGCAGAAGACCGAGCGGGACUACGUGGCCACGCUGGAGUUCCUGGUGUCGGCAUUCCUACAGCGAAUGAACCAGUGUGCAGCAUCAAAAGUUGACAAAAACGUCACAGAGGAAACAGUGAAGAUUCUCUUCUCAAACAUUGAAGACAUCCUUGCAGUACAUAAGGAAUUCUUAAAAGUGGUGGAAGAAUGCCUACAUCCUGAACCUAACGCUCAGCAAGAAGUGGGAACCUGCUUUCUUCAUUUUAAAGACAAGUUUCGUAUUUAUGAUGAAUAUUGUAGUAACCAUGAGAAGGCACAAAAAUUGCUUCUGGAACUUAACAAAAUUAGGACAGUCCGGACAUUUCUUUUGAACUGCAUGCUGCUUUCAGGACGGAAGAACACAGAUGUCCCCCUGGAAGGAUAUUUAGUAACUCCAAUACAGAGAAUCUGCAAGUACCCUCUCAUUUUGAAGGAGUUGCUGAAGCGGACUCCAAGGAAACACAGUGACUACGCAGCAGUGAUGGAAGCUCUCCAAGCCAUGAAAGCUGUCUGUUCCAACAUCAACGAGGCCAAGAGACAGAUGGAGAAGUUAGAAGUGUUGGAGGAAUGGCAGUCUCACAUUGAAGGCUGGGAGGGGUCCAACAUUACUGACACCUGCACUGAAAUGCUGAUGUGUGGAGUCUUACUGAAAAUUUCUUCUGGAAACAUUCAAGAACGGGUGUUUUUUCUUUUUGAUAAUCUUUUGGUGUAUUGCAAAAGAAAACACAGACGAUUGAAGAAUAGCAAGACAUCUACCGAUGGACAUCGGUACCUUUUUCGUGGCCGGAUCAAUACAGAGGUGAUGGAAGUGGAGAAUGUGGAUGAUGGUACAGCUGACUUCCAUAGCAGUGGACACAUUGUGGUUAAUGGAUGGAAGAUACAUAACACAGCAAAAAAUAAAUGGUUUGUGUGUAUGGCAAAAACACCUGAAGAGAAACACGAAUGGUUAGAAGCUAUUUUGAAAGAAAGAGAAAGACGAAAAAGUUUAAAAUUAGGAAUGGAGCAAGACACCUGGGUAAUGAUCUCUGAACAGGGUGAGAAACUCUACAAAAUGAUGUGCAAACAAGGAAAUCUGAUCAAAGACAGAAAAAGAAAACUGACUACGUUCCCUAAAUGCUUUCUUGGAAGUGAAUUUGUGUCAUGGCUGUUGGAAAUCGGAGAGAUUCACAGGCCUGAAGAAGGUGUUCACUUGGGACAAGCAUUAUUAGAAAAUGGAAUUAUACAUCAUGUUACUGAUAAGCAUCAAUUCAAACCAGAACAGAUGUUAUACAGAUUUCGCUAUGAUGAUGGAACAUUUUAUCCAAGAAAUGAGAUGCAGGAUGUGAUUUCAAAGGGCGUAAGAUUAUAUUGCCGUCUUCAUAGCUUAUUUACUCCAGUGAUAAGAGAUAAAGAUUACCAUUUAAGGACCUACAAAUCUGUAGUCAUGGCCAACAAACUGAUAGACUGGUUAAUUGCACAGGGGGAUUGUCGCACCAGAGAAGAGGCAAUGAUAUUUGCUGUUGGGCUUUGUGACAAUGGAUUUAUGCACCAUGUCCUUGAAAAAAGUGAAUUCAAAGAUGAACCUCUCCUUUUCCGUUUCUUUGCGGAUGAAGAAAUGGAAGGAUCCAAUAUGAAACAUCGACUUAUGAAACAUGAUUUAAAAGUUGUGGAAAAUGUUAUAGCUAAAUCAUUAUUGAUUAAAUCCAAUGAAGGCAGCUAUGGUUUUGGGUUAGAAGACAAAAAUAAAGUUCCAAUAAUUAAGUUGGUAGAAAAGGGGUCUAAUGCCGAGAUGGCUGGCAUGGAAGUUGGAAAAAAGAUUUUUGCUAUUAACGGUGACCUAGUUUUUAUGAGACCUUUCAAUGAAGUGGAUUGCUUCCUGAAAUCCUGCUUAAACAGCAGAAAACCUCUAAGAGUUCUUGUGAGCACAAAGCCAAGGGAGACAGUGAAAAUCCCAGAUUCAGCCGACGGACUUGGAUUCCAGAUCCGGGGAUAUGGCCCAUCGGUUGUGCAUGCGGUGGGAAGAGGAACGGUGGCCGCAGCAGCCGGUCUUCACCCUGGACAGUGUAUCAUCAAAGUCAACGGGAUCAAUGUCAGCAAAGAGACACAUGCCAGCGUCAUUGCACACGUCACGGCCUGCAGGAAGUACAGGAGACCAACCAAGCAAGAUUCCAUACAGUGGGUUUAUAACAGCCUUGAGAGCGCCCAGGAAGACCUUCAGAAGUCUAACACCAAACCCCCCGGAGAUGAGGCAGGGGAUUCUUUUGAUUGCAAAGUAGAAGAGGUAAUUGACAAGUUCAACACCAUGGCCAUCAUCGAUGGGAAGAAGGAGCAUGUGAGUCUGACGGUGGAUAAUGUGCACCUGGAAUACGGGGUUGUGUAUGAGUAUGACAGCACCGCUGGGAUCAAGUGCAAUGUGGUGGAGAAGAUGAUCGAACCCAAAGGUUUCUUCAGCCUCACUGCCAAGAUUCUCGAAGCCUUAGCUAAAAGUGAUGAUCAUUUUGUACAAAACUGCACCAGCCUUAACUCUUUAAAUGAAGUGAUUCCUACUGAACUUCAGAGUAAAUUCAGUGCCAUCUGCAGUGAAAAAGUUGAGCACAUCUCUCAGAGAAUAUCCAGUUACAAAAAGUUUUCUCGUGUACUAAAGAAUAGAGCCUGGCCCACCUUUAAACAAGCCAAAUCUAAAAUAUCCCCACUGCACAGCAGUGAUUUCUGCCCGACCAACUGCCAUGUCAACGUGAUGGAAGUUUCUUAUCCCAAAACAUCGACCUCCCUGGGGAGCGCAUUUGGUGUUCAGUUGGAUAGUAGGAAGCAUAAUGCUCAGGAUAAAGAAAACAAAUCUGAACAAGGGAAACUGAGCCCCAUGGUGUACAUUCAGCACACAAUCACAACCAUGGCGGCCCCUUCGGGCUUGUCUCUGGCACAGCAGGACGGGCACGGGCUCCGGUAUUUGUUAAAAGAAGAAGACUUGGAAACCCAAGACAUCUAUGUGAAACUGCUGGGCAAACUCCAGGCUGCCCUGAAAGAGGUGGAGAUGUGUGUCUGUCAAAUAGACGACCUUCUGUCUUCGAUAACAUCUUCUCCUAAGUUAGAACGGAAGACAUCCGAAUGCCUAGUGCCCACAGACAGUGACAAUGAGAAGGGGGAAAGAAACAGCAAACGCGUCUGUUUUAAUGUGGCCGGAGAUGAGCAGGAAGAUUCAGGUCAUGACACUAUCAGCAACAGAGACUCUUACAGCGACUGCAAUAGCAACAGGAACUCCGUCGCCUCCUUCACGAGCAUUUGCAGCAGCCAGUGCAGCUCAUAUUUUCAUAGUGAUGAAAUGGACUCAGGUGAUGAACUUCCGCUAAGUGUUCGAAUUUCUCAUGAAAAACAGGAUAAGAUACAUAGUUGUCUGGAGCAUCUUUUCAGCCAGGUGGAUUCAAUUACCAAUCUCCUAAAAGGGCAAGCUGUGGUCAGAGCCUUUGAGCAAACCAAGUACCUAACCCCAGGUCGAGGAUUGCAGGAAUUUCAGCAGGAAAUGGAACCAAAGCUGAGUUGUCCAAAACGGUUAAGGCUUCACAUCAAGCAAGAUCCUUGGAAUCUUCCCAGCAGCGUCCAGAGUCUUGCUCAAAACAUCAGAAAAUUUGUUGAAGAAGUCAAGUGUAGAAUACUUCUGGCACUUCUUGAGUAUUCAGACAGUGAGCCACAGCUCCGAAGAGACAUGGUUUUCUGCCAAAGUCUCGUAGCCACAGUCUGUGCCUUCUCCGAGCAGCUCAUGGCAGCCUUGAACCAGAUGUUCGACAACAGCAAGGAAAAUGAGAUGGAAACGUGGGAAGCCAGCAGAAGGUGGCUGGACCAGAUCGCCAAUGCCGGCGUUCUUUUUCACUUUCAGUCCCUUCUGUCGCCAAACUUGACAGAUGAACAGGCCAUGCUAGAAGAUACACUGGUUGCACUAUUUGAUUUGGAAAAGGUUUCUUUUUACUUUAAACCAUCAGAAGAGGAACCGCUGGUUGCAAAUGUUCCUCUUACAUAUCAAGUGGAAGGAAGCCGGCAAGCUCUGAAAGUUUACUUCUACCUUGAUAGUUAUCAUUUUGAACAACUGCCUCAACGGUUGAAAAAUGGAGGAGGGUUCAAAAUUCAUCCUGUUCUUUUUGCACAAGCUCUGGAGAGCAUGGAAGGAUAUUAUUAUAGAGACAAUGUUUCCGUGGAAGAAUUUCAAGCCCAAAUAAAUGCAGCCUCAUUGGAAAAGGUCAAACAAUACAACCAGAAGCUCAGGGCAUUUUAUUUGGACAAGUCAAAUUCACCACCCAACUCCACAUCCAAGGCUGCCUAUGUUGAUAAGCUCCUGAGGCCUCUCAAUGCCCUGGAUGAACUUUACCGCCUGGUAGCCUCGUUUAUCAGGUCCAAGCGCACGGCGGCCUGCGCGAACACAGCGUGCAGCGCCUCGGGCGUGGGGCUGCUGUCCGUGUCGUCGGAGCUGUGCAGCAGGCUGGGGGCCUGCCACGUCAUCAUGUGCAACAGCGGCGUGCACCGGUGCACCCUGAGCGUGACAGUGGAGCAGGCCAUCAUUCUGGCCAGAAGCCACGGACUGCCUCCUCGCUACAUUAUGCAGGCUACGGAUGUAAUGCGGAAGCAGGGAGCAAGAGUUCAGAACACAGCAAAGAAUUUAGGAGUGACAGACCGGACCCCACAGUCUGCUCCCAGGCUGUACAAGCUGUGCGAGCCGCCUCCCCCAGUUGGAGAAGAAUGAAGAGAACCUCUAGGAACCCGCUGAGCAGAGCUUCUGAGCCCUGGGCGAGACAAAGGACCGCCUGGCGAAACACUCUGCAUUCAAGGAAAAGUGAAUUUUUUCCCUAGUUCUUUCACCACGGUGUAAAUAACUAAUGUCAGCUCCUCCUGGGCUGGAAAUGGAUAGGCCUUCAUUCACACAAUUCAGUUUCACAAACCGAUCUCUCUAUGUAUUGACAUGAACUCUUCGUUUUUAGGGUAGACUUCAUCCCUGGACGUUACAGAAAAAAUAUCAGAGGACAAAAUGAGCCAUCGUGCCUACUCUCCCAUGUACUAAAAUUAUUUCAUUGUGCUUAGUCUUAUCUUCGCCAAAUGGGAAGACGUAAUCAUGGAUCUCUGAAGACACAUGGCCACAUUUCCUCAACUGUGCAGAAAUGUGACGGAAAACAGAGACCGGUGUCCUCGUCCUCAGUCCCCCUGCAUCAGAGAAAAUAGUUCCUGUGUGAAAGGCGAAGAGCAUGGUUUUCUCUGUCAGAGGGUGUUUUGUCCGGAGAGGAGAAGAGAGUGAUUGAGGCCUCCGUCAAGACCUCCUUCCAGCUGCUUCCAGGUGUCCUUCACGCUGCUGCACAGUUGCAGAGGCCAGAGCUGGACAUGAUGAUAAUCACUGUGGGUCUCUGAAGUGGGCGUGGCUUUCUUGGGCCACGUGUGCUGGUGCUGUCAGAUGCGGCCCGGGGUGGGAAGAGGCAGAGAUUGGGGAGGUGGAAAAGAAGACCAGACUAAAGGAGGGGAAAAUAAGUCUAUUUAAAAACUCAACCUCUAACUUAGAUACUUAAAAUUCUUCAUUUUAUUAAGGCUUUCAUAUAAGACAUCAAACUCCUAAGAGAAUACACCCUGCCCGGCAUUUUUUCUAUCAAGGUAGAUGUAUAAGAGAUGAAAUUAGGCUUUAUUUGGUGAACUUUAAAAGGACUAUUAGAGACCUUGAUAAUCUAUGGAAGCACAAGGUAUAUUCUGUGCAUGAUUUUUAUCAUUUCUACCUUGAUAAAAUAACAUUGUUAUUAGCAUAGUGAAUACAGUAAUAUUGAGUUUAAAUUCAUAAUUUUCAAAAUAAUUAAAAUGCCCUUAUGGUUGUUAUAAUUUUAUGAAUUUAGACUAAUUUAGUAUGUGAAACGCUUUCAAAACUAAAGUAUAUACAAACCAUUAUUACGUUUUAAUUUAUAAACUUUGUUCAUGGUUUUCAAGCUAUCAUUAAUGACCUUCAUCACUAGCAGUUGUGUAUUAAAUAACAAAAAUACUGUGUUUAUACAUGUACAAGCUUUUUAUAUACCAGUUAAGGUAAUAAUUGUUAUUUGGUAAAGGCUCUCUUAAGAUGUUGGCAAUAAGUUCAUAUUUGUAAUGAAAAAUAAAGAAACCAAAAUCAGAGUUUUCAAAGAAAAAAUUGAACACUUAGAAUGCAAUAAAGAGAUGAGUAUAACAAAUAUUUAUAUUAAGUACAUUCUUAACUUUUAGGGAUUUAACAUUCUCGAUACUAUCAGCAAGUGAUCCUAAAGGUCCAUAAUAUUAGCAAAUUGUGACUUUUCACAUAUUGAAAAUUUGAUUAAGUUCUAUGUAGAGCUAAUGAGAGAGCACAACUGAAUAACUAGCAGGUACUUCUCAUACUGACAUCAGUGUUUCCUAAUCACUGUCCUGGAAGCAGUAGUCUCUCAGAGGGAUGAAAGGGUCCUAAACAUUUUAGUCACACUUUGGUAUGUUUCAUGGGGGAAAUUACCUGUUCUUGUGGUAUGUAUAUAAGAGAGCAUGUUUUUAAGGACUUACAUUCUUUGUAAUAUAAUGCUUUUACUAUUACUUUAAGGGUCAAGCAUAGUAUAUGGAUACCAUCUACUUUAAUAAGUGCUUGGCAUUUAUUAAAUGCUCCAAAGUUAAUAAUGGUGUAUAAUAUCAUCAGCCAUUGUCAUGUUUUAUAAUAAAAAUUAUAGAUAACAGUUAAAUAAUUACUAUGUGCCAAGCAAUACGUACAAGUGCUUCAUCCGUUCUUUUUGUUACUGCUUCACUAAUCUUCAUAAUGACAAUUCCAGGUGGCAUUCUUUUCAUAGCCCCCUUUUUACAGUUAGGAACUGAAGCAGAGAAUGGUCCAGCGACUGGCCCAAGACUACAUGACUGACAAGUGGUAGAACCAGGAUUUUGAACCCAGGAAGUUUGACUUUUCAUUUUUUAAAUUGAUUUCAGAGAAAAAGGGGGAGGGGGAGAGAGAGAGAGAAACAUCUAUGAUGAGAGAGAAUCAUUGAUCGGCUGCCUCCUGCACACCCCACUGCACACUGAGGGUGGAGCCCACAACCCAGGCAUGUGCCCUGACCAGAACUGAACCAUGACCUCCUGGUUCAUAGGUUGGCACUCAGCCUCUGAAACAUGCCAGCCAGGCAAGUUUGCCAUCUUAAUCCAUUAUGGUUACCAGCAGAACUGUUGUAAUGGUACCAGUUAUUUCUUAGUAAAGGAGGAGUUAUAUGGACUGUGUUGCCAUUAAAUUAUACAUCUUAUCUUGAGAAAAAAUGAGUGGAAAUAUAUAAAAUGCCUUUAAUAUAUGAAAAUCUUAGGAUUUCCAGGACGUUUUACCUUUCUAAAUACAAUGCUGUUGCAAUCUGGAACAAAAAUUCCUCAAAUUAAAGAUAACAGUUUUAGCUAUAUUUUGAGUCUGGAGUAGUACAUCAUAUAAUAUUUGACUGUGAUUCCCAAGCAGUGGUAACAGUAAAAAAUAUCUAUUUAACAAAUGAAUAAAAACAAUUUUUCAAUACUAUGAUGCGCUUCUGUGUGACAUUGGACGUUUAACUGGCCUUGAGUUUUUAGAGCAGGUUUACCUAAAUGCUCACAUACUCCUGUACAACCUGAGUACUUUUAAACAUUGCUAAAGCCUGCCAGCAGUUCUUCCAAGUUCUGAGUUUGGACAUCUGCCUCUCUCCACCUAAAAGGGAACGGCAUGCAUAGAAAAUAUGGUUCUUCACUGGGGACUGGAUUCAAAAUUGUGGGAUAACUAGUAACUCCUAGUCAUACACAUUAAAUAUUAUAUCUUACAAAGAUUUUCAUAUUACACGUUACACAAUUUAAUAAUUAUAAAGAUGAGCGAUUUUAGGAAACUAAAAUUUUACAUACAUACCCAUUACUAUUUAAUAAGGAGGAAAGAAGAAAGAAAAAAUUUGUAUUAUUUUUCCUUAUAUUGUAUAUCUAAUGUUGACUUUAGAGUAUAGCUCGAUUUUAUGAGCCAAUAUCCCAAUCUUAGAAGUCUCAUACUAUUUUCUGUCUCUUUAAAUCACAUUGUUCCAGUGGUUUCAAUUCAGUGACCACUCUGUGCAGUCACAAUGUUCAAUUUAAAAAUAGUUUAAAUUCUUAUGAUACUAUAAUUUAUAUUUGGCCCUUGAACAAUACAGAUUUGAACUGCAUUGGGUUCACUGACAUGCAGAUUUUUUUCAACAAAUGAAUACAAUACUAUAAAUAUAUUUUCUCUUGCUUGUGAUUUU